CUUGCAAUUAUGGAGAUCUAAAAGAUCUAGGUAGUGCGGAGGGGGAAGUCCCCCUCCCACUCCUUCGUUUGCCUUCUGGAUUCUCUCCCCCCUUCCCUUGGACAAUAAUACAACGUUUUGUAGAUAAAGAAAUGAAGACUUGAAAUAUAAAUUUAUAUUGUUGAAAAUUAUUUAUUUUUUUAAGUGCUGAGCCUUAACAGCACAAUGAUUCCCAUGGCAGCUGUCUGAAGCCGAAUUAAGUACUUGGAAGUCAUGAACUUCUUGUGAAGCAUUGACAAAAGAAGAGGUAGGAGUCUAGGAAAUGAAUAAGAUGAAUUCUUUCAUGCCUGACUGCACUUUGAAGUGUCGAUCAUUGCGGCAUGCUUUAGAUGUUGUUUCUGUGGUGACACGAGGAAGUGAAGGUCAGAUCAAGGCCUUCCUUACUUCUCACUGCUAUAAUGCAGCAACGUGCAGGGAUGUCUUCGGCAGGAAUGCACUUCACCUUCCCACCUCCUGUGGUAAGAAAGGAACGCUGGAGUGGCUGGCAGAAACGAAUGGAGUGGAUUUGUUGGCAAAAGAUGAGGAGUCAGGAUGGACAGCUUUGCAUCGAGGCAUAUUCUAUGGCCAUAUAGAUUGCGCGUGGUCGCUAAUGAAGCAUGGUGUGAGCGUAUACCUACAGGAUAAGGAAGGCUUAUCUGCUUUGGAUCUUGUAAUGAAGGAUAGACCAACUUAUGUUACUUUCAAGAAUACUGAUCCUACAGAUGUCUACACUUGGGGAAACAAUAUAAAUUUUACUUUGGGGCACAGUGGCCAGCAGAGUAAACAUCAUCCUGAGUUGGUGGAUUACUUUCCUAGGAAUGGUAUUUAUAUCAAACAGGUGGUGCUCUGUGAUUUUCACUCUGUGUUCCUGUCCCAGAAAGGACAUGUUUAUACCUGUGGACAUGGUCAAGGAGGUCGUUUGGGUCAUGGUGAUGAACAGACUUGCUUGAUCCCGAGACAGGUAGAAAGCCUGAUGGUUCAUCAGUGUUCUCAAGUGGCAGCAGCUAAAGAUCAUACUGUUGUAUUAUUGGAAGAUGGAUGCGUAUACACCUUUGGCCUGAACACCUUUCAUCAGCUGGGUAUUCUUCCUCCUCCUCCUAACUGCAGUGUUCCCAGACAGGUUCAAGCAAAAAAUCUCAAAGGAAGAAUGGUGACUGGAGUAGCUGCAGGCAGGUUCCAUACAGUGCUAUGGACGAAAGAAGCAGUGUAUACAAUGGGAUUGAAUGGCGGACAGCUAGGAUACUUGCUAGAUCCUAAUGGAGAAAAGUGCGUAAGUUCUCCUCGCCAAGUCUCCGCUCUGUAUCAUAAGGACAUUACUAUGUCCUUCGUUGCUGCAAGUGAUGGUGCCACGGUUUGUAUUACUGAAAGAGGAGAUAUCUAUUUGCUUGCCGACUACCAGUGCAAGAAGUUGGCUUCCAAGCAACUAAAUUUAAAAAAAGUUCUUGUUACUGGAGGUUAUUUGGAAUACCAAGUUAAUCUUCAACAUCUUAAGGAAAAUGAAGGUCGGAGGAUCCGUAUUCUUGCCCUGGAUGAAGCUGGAAGAGUGUUUUGCUGGAAAUCUGCCAACAGUCCUAUGAAGCAGUGCCGAUGGGUCUAUGGUCGCCAAGUCUGCAUAUCUGAUAUUUCCUUAAAUAAGAACGACUUGAUGUUUGUUACACAGGAGGGUGAAGCUUUCAGAGGAACGUGGAUGGAUGGGAACAAAAAUUCAGAGAAGAAAGAAAUUGUGUCAAAUCUUCAGAAUUCCUCAAAUGAUAUGUCCAUUAACGAUACAAACAGUGUGUGUGAACGAAUACGGCUUGAGAAGCUUGCUUUUGUUCAUAGAGCUGUCAGUAUUACCACAGAUCCAAAUGGAUGCAACUUUGCUGUUUUGCAGUCAGAUCCUAAAACAAGUCUGUACGAAAUUCCAAGUGUGUCAUUGUCUAACUUUGCUGAAGAUUUUGGCAAAUUACUCAAGGAAGCGAUAGUUAUGGACACCAUCCAUGAUGUGACUUUUCAGGUUGGCACUAGGGUUUUCCCUGUGCACAAGUAUAUUUUGGCAAUGCGCUCUGACUUCUUCAGGAGGCUCUUCGUUUCAGAUCAUGAUUGGCUAGAUCCUCCUGAAAUUUACCGUAAAGAUGAAGAUGAUGCUGGUUGCGAUCUGUUUGUGAUAGAAAAACUUCACCCAGACUUAUUUAUGUACCUUCUGCAGUACAUUUACACAGACUCGUGUGAUCUCCUGAUUUAUGGUCACAUGCCCAACAUGAUAUACAAAGAAAAAAUGGAAGAAUACCAGGACACCUUAAUUUCAAACUUUAAUAAAAUAACUGUUCAUGAGGAUAUUAAUAAGAAGUCUGCAUUUGAGGUUUACAGAAGUAAUCAGGCACAGAUGGUAAAUGAAACACAGAAGAGCAAACCAAAAUCAGCUUCUAAGAAAUGCAAGGUUGUUGGAGAAGAAGUGAAUCUCAUAAAAAUGUUACAAGCAGCUGCAAAGAAGUUUGGACUGGACAGCUUAAGUUCAAGACUUGAUGGAGUCAGAAUGAGAAAUGGACGAAUCAGUGUUGUUAAUAAAAAAAAUGGAAACAAACCAAAGAUGAACCAGAAAAAAUUCUCAUACCUCUGUGAUGUAACCAUGAAGUCUAUAGAUGGAAAGGAAUUCCCAUGUCAUAAAUGCAUACUCUGUGCAAGACUUGACUACUUCCAUAGCAUGCUUAGUAGCUCCUGGAUUGAGGCAUCACGUUCUGCAGCUCUGGAAAUGCCAUUCCCUUCUGACAUCCUGCAGAUCAUCCUCGAUUAUAUUUAUACAGAUGAAGCUGUUGCAAUAAAAGAAUCUCAGAAUGUGGAAUUUAUCUGUGGUGUCCUUGCGGUAGCAGACCAGCUCCUCAUGUUACGACUAAAAGAAAUCUGUGAGGUGGCCAUUACAGAAAAACUAACUUUAAAGAAUGCUGCUGAGCUUUUGGAGUUUGCAGCAAUGUAUAAUGCUGAACAACUGAAACAGUCUUGUUUUCAAUUCAUAGUGCUAAAUAUGGCAGCUAUACUUGAAACAAGGGCUUUGGAUGUUUUAAGUGAUGAUGUUUUGAAGGACCUUUCUGUGUCUUACAGAAAAAUGAUUCCAGCUAUGGUCAGGAGAGUAAUUACGCCUUAUCAAGAUGGCCCUGAUAUCAGUUCGUUGGAGCCUGAGGAAGGAGAAACCUUUGUGUUCCUGAAAGAAGAACUAAGUACAGAGCAAGCUACUCAGGAAGCUCUUCUCAAAAAAGCAAAAGCUAAAGCUAAAAAGAAGCCUCGAAGACGUUCAGACAGCUCAGGAGGAUAUAAUUUAUCGGAUAUAAUUCAGAGUCCACCCUCCACAGGGCUGUUGAAACUGGAUAAAACUAACUCUGUUGAAUCCCUUCCUGAAAUGCUGACCUCUGAUUCUGAAGGUAGCUAUGUGGGAGUGAAUAGUCCUCGAGAUUUGCAGUCUCCUGACUUCACCGUGGGAUUCCAUACAGAUAAAGUUGAGGUGAAAGAGAGGAUGUGUGUUUCCAGCACAGUUGUUCCACAUGCCAAUAAAGAGGCUUCAUUGCAAAAAAAAUCACCACCAUGGUGCAUUCCUAAUAACAAAAAUGCCUCUGCAAGCUCUUCCAAUUGGGUUGUCAGUUCUUUUAGUCCAGCCAGUCCUCCCGCUAUGGAUUUAAGAACAAUUAUGGAAAUCGAAGAAAACGUGCAAAAAUGUGGAGCCAUGCCAAAGAUCAAUUCGAGCAGACUCACUUCUCAUGGGAAUAAGCUUUCUCAAAAGCAAAGGAAGCUGAUUGCCAUGGCUGCUAAGGAUAGCAGCCCAGAGGUUGUGCCAGAUGCAGCUGUGCUGCCUGCACCACGAAGAGCUGCAAAGCCGGGGAAUGUGUGGUCUACUUCAUUGCCUUCUGCUUUGCAAAGCUCAUUCCGUGAUCUCCUGGUCGAGGAAGAAAAAUUUUGUGGAGUAGGUACUAGUUCCAGAAAAGCUUGGGUUAAAGAACUUGAGGAUGCACAAACUGUGAAGUCUCUAAGAUGCGCAACCAUUGCCAGUCUUGAUGCAGAAAAUGACAAUUCCUGCGAACCAGUACAGUCAGAGAGUCCAAAUCCUUGGUUAGCAACAUCCUUGCCAAGUCUGGCUGCAGCAACACCCAUCACAUUUGCAGAAAUUGUAGAGGAAGAACUCCAGCAAGAAGCUGCUCUUAUCCGUACUAGAGAUAAACCUUUAGCCUUGAUCCAGAUAGAAGAACGUGCUAUUCAGGAUCUGCUAAUCCACUAUCAAGCAUUUGGCAACCCUGAUGAGUUUGUUGUUGUUGAAAGAUCUCCACAGGGGCCAAUAGCAUCUCCUAUGUGGAACAAGCAUUGAGGAAGAAGGCGCCUUAUAAAUUUGGAAAAGAUGUGUGGGCUUCACGAAUCUGGGAUUAAUUACAUGGAUGCUCUAGAAUAAGACAGUGACAUGUGUCCAUCUCUUUUCAAGCUGUUUAUUACCUGUUUUGUGUUUUCUUUACCAAACUGCAUUACUCGGCUGUGCUGCUUCAUAGGACGCCAUUGGAGUUGAAAACUACUAUGCUGGGUUUAUAAGAUGCUUCUCUUCCCAUCCCACUCCCACCCCACUAGCAAAAAGUGUAAAACUAGUGUUGCUUUCCCUCUUAACAAGGACUGAACUGUCAUAAUCAUGUAUAUGUUUUUAAUUAUUAGGAUUGAGUGAGCAUCGCAAACUUCCGUUUUCCUAAAAAUGUACCUGGUGUUUGUGUAAUAACAAAAAGCCCUGACAACUGAAGCAAUGGUACUGAAGUUCUAGCAUGCCUGCAUAUAUGUGGAUGCUCUUUAUUCUCUUUGGGAAAGUCCUCCUAACCAUCAUGCCUUAUACAAUGGGUGAAACUUCGUGCUGCAGUGAAGAUUUUAUUCAGCCCUUGGUUUGCAUUAUUACAAGGGAAGUCCAAACUUCUGUGUAAGCUCUUACAAUACAGCAGCAGUUUUUUGAUUCAGAAAUGGCAAAAUGGGAAUGGGGGUAAGCAGCAGCAUGCUGAACAACGAAAUGUUCAGAAAAAGAGCAUUAAAACAACACAAAUGAGAGCAGUUUGAUAUUUCGACAUUUGUAACAAAAGUACUGUGUGUUGUCUGAUUGUGGGUGGCUUUUUGUUGCUGGAAGGCUUUUUAAAAGAUUGGUAGUAUUAGUAAAUAACAUGCUGUUGAUAUAUUUUGAGGUUUCUUUGUUUGGUAGCUUGUGACUGGAUUUACUUACUACAAUAAUCUGAGCAUUUACUGGCUUUGGAUAAACUGGAGCUACUGUGAUUUACCUGAGUGAGCAUUCAUAGUGUUACAAGAGAAUGACUGAUGUCUGUUAUCUCAUGUAGUUGCUGCUCACUGUUUUGGAUUAAACACCAAAAAUAACCGUAAAAAGAAUCUGCAAUAAAGAGCAAAACGGAUCAGCACAAGUUACUACAG